UGUUAAAGUUACUUCAAACACACUUCUCGUGCCUUUAAAUUGAGAUUCAUUUUUCCUCAAAACGCAACAAGAUUCAUACAAAAUCUAAGCCUAGAGUGUAGAGAUUUAGAGUAGUUUUGCAGAAAACAUGAUGAAAAGUGACAGAGUUGCAAUUUUGAUGAUGAUUAUGUUAGGUUUUGAGGUAAUUCUAAGUAUUGAGGCAAAAAAACUCCCUUGUCCUGCGGAAUGCGCUCUAGAAUGUUUUGCUUCAGAAGACCCUUACCCUGUUUGUUUUGCUAAAUGUCUUGAAAAAUGUAAUAAUAGUACAGGCUCUACCGGCUCUACCGGUGCCAAUAAUUGUAUUUCAAAGUGUGGCGUCAACAAGACUAUCACCGCUACUAUUGAUGCUCGUGGUUACGUGACUGACGUGGUUGAUUCUUGCUUGCGAGAGUGUUCCGACUUGAAAAAGUAAUUAAUUGCUUAGUUGUAACAACAUUCCAGAGCACAAUUGGACAUGUUACUUUUACAUGUUUGUAAUAUAAUUAUGGAAAAAUAAAUUUUAUAUUAGUUUGUGCUCCAAUUCCUGAUGAUUUUGAAAUAUUAACGAGAAAAUUUGAUUAUGUGA